GCUUUCGCGCCUGUCAGUUUGCUUCAUUUUUUUGUUUGUGUUCUGCAUUGUAUUGAUUUCGAAAGGUUAGGCGUACUUUGAAUGAUAUUUAGUAAGAAACAACAUUUGAACUUCUUUGGAACUCUUUGACUUUUCGUUCAACCAGGUCUAAGCUUUGAGAGCUGUUUAAGAUGCCCAGAGUUAAGGGAUCACCUUCUAAGUGUAUAAAAUCAGGAAAUCCCUCCAACCCUGCCUGCUCAUGGUUAUUUCUUAUCAAAGGAGAUCUUGUUGAUCAGGGUGGUCGUCCUUUGGACAUAGUUAAGCUACGUCAUCCUGCUUCUGGUGAGACUGCUAUGUUUUUGUUUAGUCCUAAUAAUGAGACUGUGCAAGAAUUGAUAACUUUUUCUGAAGAUAAACGGUCCUGGUUCAUUGACGAUACUGUGAAACAGGAUGGGAAGCUACAACUCUCAACACCAUUUGACCCUCUCUUUCUUGUUGUACCCUAUUUAGCCAAGGCAACAGCUACAGCACCUCUAGAACAACUUCUACAUGAUGAACAAUUUCCUGAAACAAGUCGACUGUUGAAAUGUUCUGGAAUGCAAAAUUUAUCAGUCAUAGCAGAUCGAAAAGGAGAUGAGGAUCUUAAUGCAUAUAAGUUUAAUGAAGAAAAACUAAUGAAAUGGCUUGAAAAGAAAUCUGAAAAGGUGGCUGAAGUCCUCAAAUCAAAGAAUGUUCAUGUGUUGGGUGGCUCCUUGUCAGCCACUUUUGUAAAGAGUUCUGCUGAUGCUGUGGCUUCUAAAGAGGCUUUCAUGAAGUAUGCCCAUGGCAUCAUAUCGGAGUACCUUUCAGAAGAUUUAAGCGCCAAGCUUUACCAGCAUCUUAAGUUACCUCCUGAUGAAACAACUAGUGCCAAAAGAAAGUCUGUGCCUGCAUCAGAUCAGAAAGAUGUCAAAAAGAUAAAACUAGAUGAUGAAAAUGUUUCAGAAGUAUCAAAAGGAGAUGCUCUUGAUUUAUCCAAAUCAGAGAAGAGUGGAGAAAGGAAUGAACACAAACAUGACUAGCUUUGCCACCAAUGUUUCCACUAUUUUUUUUUUUUAAAUUGUAAGGCUCACAUAACUGAUUCGUAAAGUAUGUUUCUAUUUUUCUUUUUUUCUUCAGCAAGCUGAUAAGCUUACAGCAAAGGAUAAAGCAAGACAAAAAGCUGCACAGGGAUCCAAAAGUAUUAUGUCAUUUUUCAAGAAGUCAUAGUGCAUCCUUAUUUUUAGGUGGUAUCUCAAUUAAUUUUGUGUUGCAAGCAUAAGGCAGAUCUGUUUCAUCUUUUCUUCUCCAUUAAACUGUUGCCCUCAAAAGCAUUACCUAACUAGUAUUGAAUGUUCGUGUUUAGAAACACAAAUUAAAAUAUCUUGAUCAUUGUGUGGAACCUGUUUAUUUAAGAUAAAUUUAAUGUUAGAUUCUGUCAUGGAUAUUGCUGUAGUGGUAUUCUGCAUUCAUUGUCGAGUUAAAUUCUUAAUUAAGCAUUCCAAAGUUAAACUGGUUUUUUUCUUCUUUUUUGUCACGAAGACUUAAUGUGUUGUGUACAUCAAAUCUGUACAAAAAACCUUCCGAAUAUUUCAGGUAUGUUCUAUUUGUUUUGUGCCAUGUUUUUCUGUUUCAUUUCCUCUUCUAUUUCUUUGUUAUAUGCAUUUGGAAAAUUGUGCUACCAGCCUGCAAUGACCAAGUUCAUACUUAUACAUAACCUGUCCUUUUAAUUUUUCAUUUUUCUAUUGCUGAGCAAAUUCAACUGUACGCUACAUGAUCUUUUAUUUUUAUGUUGAGUGGUGGUUUUAACUAUUUCUGUAAAGUGGAGGGACAGCAGCCAAUUUAUAUUGCUGUGAUAACUCUUUUCAGAGCUUCCUUAUACUCUCUUGUGUUAUUUUUUAUAUUUGUGUUGUUAUUUAGUCUAAGAAUAAAGGAGACUGUUUGAGAACUAGAGUUUUAAAGACUGGCUCAGUUACCAUUUGAUGCUUCAGCCUUAUGUGAAUGUUGGCAUGAUAUUAAACUGUUAGGCUGAAAUUCUGUUCAAUGCCUAUUUAUCUUUAAUGUUCUAGGUCUGAUUGAGUCUUUUGUACAAGAGUGUGGUGUAUUUAUGAUUUUUCUUCUAAUGAACAGAGUCCCAUGUGCUCAAAGUUUGCAGCUCUGCAUUCUAGAAUACAUUUCAACAGGAUGACUUAGAGACUUUCAACCUUGCUUUACUGUGUUAUAACAUUCCAUUGCCCCAGUUUAAGUCUGUUUUUAUAAUGUGGUAACCUAAGAAAAAUCAACUUGUGUAAAGAUAGUCCUGGCUUUAUGUGAAAUGUAAAACCAGUUUGGUCUUAUCUACUCAUGUUCCUGUAACUAAUCCCACCGUUUAUUUUGAACUAGCGACACAAUAAAGAUGACCAAACUGCA